AUGGGUAAAAUGAAUUAUUUUCUUGGCUUACAAAUCAAGAAACUAGACGAUGGUAUCUUCAUAAAUCAAUCCAAGUAUUGCAAAGAACUCUUGAAAAGAUUCGACAUGGAUAGUUGCAAGCAGAUGUCUACCCCUAUGGGAUCCGGAACUUAUGUUGAUCAAGACGAAUCCGGUACUUCAAUUGAUAUCGCCAAAUAUCGAGCUAAUCUAAAGGAAUCACAUCUCACCGCUGUCAAACGAAUCAUGAAGUAUCUCAAGGGAACGACAAAUGUUGGCCUAUGGUAUCCUAAAGGUAGCAUGUGCAAUUUAAUUGGUUACUCUGACGCGGAUUAUGCAGGAUGUAAAACAGAUAGGAAAAGCACAAGUGGAACAUGUCACAUUCUCGGAAAUGCACUAGUUUCAUAG